AUGAAUUACCGUUUUUCUACAAAGUAUUUCAACAACCGGUGUUCCUCUAAACUAAAUUUUUCUCACUAUUUGAACGAUGUAUUUGCUCAUAGCUUAUUCUUUCUUCAUAUCCAUCUUUCCAGCUACUUGGCAACCUGUGGAGUUGACCGAAAACUAAAGAUUUGGGACUUGAGAUCCACUUAUGAUCCUCUUUCCGAAAUCUUGCUACCUAUGUCUGCUUCAACAAUUAAUUUCAGUCAGAAAGGUUUAUUAGCAUUGGGUGCUGCUAAUACCGUACAGAUUUUACGUGACCCCCAUUCCAUUCCACCGUCCAAUGCAUCAAAAAUCUUUGAAACCAUUUCACCUAAUGUUAACCGACGAGUAAUUUCGAAUGCUUAUCUUUCUCACUAUGCGGUUCAUCCAGUUUAUCGUGUACGCUUUUGUCCUUAUGAAGACGUUUUAGGAGUAGGUAGUUCCGCUGGGAUUUCAUCCAUUCUUUGUCCUGGGAGCGCCGAACCUAAUUAUGAUGGUUUAGAAGAAAAUCCUUUUGCCAAUAAACGUUAUAGGCAAGAAAGGGAAGUUAAACGACUUUUGGAUAAGAUUCCAUAUACAAUGAUUUCAUUAAAAUCAAUCGUUGGUGAAGUUCGUCGUGAAGACCUUUUAGAAGAAUGGGAAAAGAAGAAAGCUGUAUUACUUGGACAAGUUCCCAAAGUCGAUACACCUGCUAUUAAACGAAAUAAACAAAAAGGUAGAUCAAAACCUGGCCGAAUCGAGGCAAAAAAGCAAAAUAUACACUUUGAACGUAAAAUGUUUACUAUCAAAGAAGUUUUAGGUGUACGGGAAGCGGAAGAGAAGUUACGACGAAAAGUUUCUUACAAAAAAAUCAAUGAUAUAAGCACAUUACCGAGACCUAGUGAAGCUUUAGUAACAAAAAAGAAAUUAUCGAAAAGACGCACAAACACUGCUCUUGAUGUGUUGAUUCCACCAAAAGAAUUUUAA